AUUAUUGAGCGCUCUUCAUUGUUACAGCUGCUCUCGUACAGGCAACAUGGUACUCGAACUCUAUCUAGACCUUUUCUCUCAGCCGUGUCGCUCUGUUUACAUAUUCGCAAAGAAAAACAACAUUCCCUUUGAGUUCAAGAAAGUUGCGCUGGCAGAAGGCCAACAGUAUGAGGAGGAUUUCGGUAAGAUCAACCCACUGAGGAAGGUUCCAGUCAUGAAAGAUGACGCCUUCAUCUUGGCAGAAAGCAUUGCGAUCCUGUCCUACUUGGCUCAGAAAUUCAACAUGCCAGACCACUGGUACCCCUGUGACCUACAGAAGCGAGCCAGGGUCAAUGAGUACCUAUCCUGGCAGCACAUUGCGAUCCGAAUGCAAGGGUCCAAGUACUUCUGGUUCAAGCUCAUGGUUCCCAUUAUAACUGGAGAAGAAGUUCCCAAAGAGAAGAUGGACUCUUUGUUGGAGGAUCUCAACAUGUCUCUGAAGCUGUUUGAGGAGAAGUUCCUGCAGGACAGGCCUUUCAUCAUUGGCGAGCAGAUCUCCUUGGCAGACCUUGUGGCCAUAGUGGAGAUGAUGCAGCCUGUAGGUGCUGGCCUUGAUAUCUUUGCGGAGAGACCAAAGCUGAGUGUGUGGCGGGACCGAGUGAAACAAGCAAUUGGGAAAGAGCUCUUUGACGAAGCCCACAAGACCAUCAUGAAUGCCAAGGACUUGCCCAAGAUAUUUGAGCAGAAUGGCAUGCUGGAAUUCCUCAAACCCAGGAUCCAGAAAAUGUUUACCUGAUUCAGGCCUGCAGUUCUGCUGGGUUAGGUUGAGUUGCAUAUCCAAAUUUUACAUUAAUGUUUAUAACUGUGCUUCCUUUGUAUAUCCAAAGCGUGGUGAAGGUGCCAUGAAAAAACAUACUACAAUGUUCCCUCAUAAAGCGUAUAUACCUAAACAGUAAA